CGAUCUCCCGCCCUGCAUACCAUGCAUCAUCCACUAUCGCCCUACAAUCUUCCACAACCGACGAUACAUGGUCUCUUUGCAGAACAAGAAUCCCUAUCAGAGGCGAAACUUCCAGAUUGCGCAUCAUGAAAGCCAUCCAGAUCGACCGCUUCGUCACAGAUCUCGCAAACAUAAGUCCAAAGAACGUACCAUCCCCCAAACCUCAGUCCCCCAAAGCCCUACACAUCGAAAUCACCCACGCAGCGAUCACCCACGUUGACCUCCUUUACGUGCAAGGGCUGCACCAGAACAACAAACGCCACGUGCAACCGCCUUUCAUCCUGGGCACUGAAUUCUCCGGAAUCGUGACUUCCGCCCCUCCCACCUCAUCUUUGACACCCGGCACGCGCGUCUUCGGCGGCGGGCUAGGUUCUUUCGCCGAAGAGAUCUGCGUCGAUGAAGCUCACGUGCGGCGCGUGCCAGCGCAAUGGACCAACGCCGAGGCGUGUGCCGUAGGCGCAAGUGGUGCCGUGAGUUACGGUGCUCUAGUUGGCGUCGCGCAGCUCAAGACGGGUGAGACAGUGUUGGUGCUGGGUGCGAGUGGGGGGUUGGGGGUCAUGGCAGUGCAGAUUGCGAAAGCGCUGGGGGCGAGGGUGGUUGCUGUUGUUGGGGAUGCGGAGAAGGGCGAGAUGGUGAGGGGGAUUGGGGCGGAUGCUGUUGUUGAUUAUCAUGAUGAGGGGUGGGAGGAUAAGGUCAGGAGUUUUACGCUGGGGAAACGGGGGGUUGAGGUUGUGUAUGAUGCCAUUGGCGCUGUGGAGAGCGGUUUGAGGAGUUUGAAGUAUAGAGGGAGGCUUGUUAUUGUGGGAUUUGCGGCGAGAGGAGGGAACAUGGAGAAUGUGAGGGCGAAUCGCAUACUGUUAAAGAGCGCUAUGGUGCACGGCUAUCGCUUCGGUGAAGAUGGAAGGCACGAUCCUCAGAGGACGAAGGACGUGUGGGAUGGCUUCAUGAAUCUAGUGGACAGUGGGAAGAUACAGCCAGUGAUCUAUAAGGAAGAGUAUCGAGGUCUUGAAGCCGUGCCAGAGGCGUUAGAGGAUGCAAAGAAUCACAAGGCUUGGGGAAGGGCAAUUUUGAGGAUCGAUGAGAACGCAGAGAAAGAACUUCAGCAACACAGAGCGAAGUUGUAAUGCUUCAAGAACAACGAAGUUGCAUUGAACACAGAUCGGCAGGCCGAAGCGUGCUAGGAGCGACAACACCAAGCAGGGCGUAGAUGUAACAAUAACAAGAUGGUGGUGUGUCGUUCGACAACUGGGAGCCUCGGAACUUGACACCGACUUGCUGGCCUGUGAGUAGCGCCUGCCACGACUCCAACUUCAGAAGGAACGUUCGUCAUCCUCAGCAUCCAGCCAUCUAAUUCAAUGACUCGAGAACCCUUCUUGUGCAACGGUCAUGACAAACCAUGAGCUCACGCACCAUCUCGUUGCGUGCCAUGACAUGCCUCGCUCGCUCCAGCCGUUGAUCGCGAGACCCUUCCCAUCGUUUAGAUCAUGAAACCUUCAGCCAACCGCCCAACCGAGUCGCUCGCC